GGUGGGCGGGUCGAGUUCUGCUCAGCUCUAACGUGACAGACUGAAGAAGCAGAAGGAGUGUGAACGGAGAGAGAAGCAGCUGAACGUACGUUACACACCGCCCGUGUGAUAUACGGUAUAUUUUAUUAUUAUUUCUACAUGGAGACGCGCGUGAGGCGAUACGUUACGUUACGUUACGCAGCGCGUGCACGCACGCACGCAGACGGACAGUGAGUGAGGGGUGUUUUUUAUGUUCCCCAGUUUUCCUCUCUGACUCUAAAUCUACUUUGUUCCGCUUUGCACAUCAUCCCGACUGGAUUUGGACUCGCCGCAGACGGAUUUCUUUGUGGUGACCCUGAGGAUUGUGAAGCUGUAGCUCGGAUACCAUCUGGGUUUAGUGUUAAAUAUAAUAACAAACCCUUCACACACACACACACACACACACACUUGUGUUGUGUUGUUCAGCCUGAAGAUCUCCACAAGUCACCGUGUUGUGAUCAUGUUAUUGAUGACUAGCACGGGGGUUUACAGCCUUCUUUACCUUUCAUUUUGUUACUGAACUCAACCAGCUGCUGUGUCUCUGCCUGAGAAGAAGCAUGGGUAUGAUACAGGAGUGACACCGGACCUGAGUUUGGCUUUACGCAGAGUGGAACGAUAAAAAAAAAAAAAAAAAUAAUCAAGCUAAAGGACAGCAGGCUCUUAGCCCUUCCUCCCUGUGGUUCCUCAUGCUCAGUGUGGACUCUCGUCGCUUCGCUGCAGGAUGGAUGGUGUGGAUCUGACGCUUCUCGUCUGUUGCCAUACGCGCUUGCUGAUCUGUGACUGCAUCCUGUUCUAUUACGUUUAUAAAAGAACUCCUCCUCUUUUGGGCUUAGGCCCUGCUGAGUGUAUCGAUAACUGUUUAUAAGUCACCCACAAAAUAAUAUCCAAAAAGAUCUUGCACAAACUUUUAUUUUGCCAACUUUUUUUUUUUCUCUCUCCAGAAGUUUACAUUUGGGAUUUAUUCCGGAUAUUGUAAUUUAUUUAUUCUUUUAAGUGUUAUUUUUUUUUUUCAACCCUUCCUGGAGUGAAGAUGUCCCAAACCCCUAACAAUGGCGUGGAGUUUCUGGCUCCUCCACCUAAAAAUGUGAAUGGCUCCGGCUCUGACUCGAUGCUGGGUGAGAAACUCGGUGUUGAGGUCCGGCACCGCCGCCACACCAUGGACAAAGAUCUCAAGACGGCAGAGCACCGAUUUUUCCGCCGCAGUGUCAUUUGCGACUCCAACGUCACCGCGCUCGACCUCCCGAGCAAAGCCUGCAUCCCGACGACUCUCCCGGACUGCGAGGUGUCCGUCUGCUCUUUGGGUGUGAUUUCAGUUCCUGAUCGUGCUCCAGAGGUCUGUAAAGCUGUUGUAGUAGAGGAGCACGUGGAAGAUGCGGUCGAACGGCGUCCACUCGACCGCGGCGAUGCGACAGACAAGCAGAUCCCGUGCGUGCAGGAAACUGCUACUUGGAUCCAGAGCAAGAGUCCUGGGAUUGCAGCCAAGCAGCUUGAAGCGACAGUCGGGAAGCGGGAAGGCGAAGGUGAAGUGAAAUGUGAGGAGGAAAAGGAGGCAGCGAAAGCUCGCGUGGAAGCAGAGCAAAGAGAAGCGGAGAAAAAGGUGCAGGAGGACGAGGAGGUGGAAACUAAAGCCGUCGGGACGUCACCGGACGGCCGCUUCCUGAAAUUUGACAUCGAGAUCGGACGAGGCUCCUUCAAAACCGUCUACAAGGGCUUGGAUACAGAGACCACCGUGGAAGUAGCGUGGUGCGAGCUUCAGGACCGUAAGCUGUCCAAGUCUGAGCGCCAGCGCUUUAAAGAAGAGGCCGGCAUGCUGAAGGGUCUGCAGCACCCCAACAUCGUGCGCUUCUACGAUUCGUGGGAGUCUCCUUCCAAAGGCCGCAAGUGUAUCGUACUGGUGACGGAACUCAUGACGUCAGGCACGCUGAAAACGUACCUGAAGCGCUUUAAGGUGAUGAAGAUCAAGGUCCUGAGGAGUUGGUGUCGUCAGAUACUCAAGGGCCUUCAUUUCCUCCACACCAGGACGCCUCCUAUCAUCCACCGGGACCUGAAGUGUGACAACAUCUUCAUCACGGGUCCUACAGGCUCUGUAAAGAUCGGCGACUUGGGCCUGGCUACUCUAAAGCGCUCGUCUUUUGCUAAGAGCGUCAUAGGUACCCCUGAGUUCAUGGCACCUGAGAUGUAUGAGGAGAAGUAUGACGAAUCGGUGGACGUGUACGCCUUCGGGAUGUGCAUGUUGGAGAUGGCUACCUCUGAGUACCCGUACUCCGAGUGUCAGAACCCGGCGCAAAUCUACCGCAGGGUCACCAGUGGUGUGAAACCCAGCAGCUUUGAUAAGGUGGCCAUACCUGAGGUGAAGGAGAUCAUCGAAGGCUGCAUUCGACAGAACAAAGACGAAAGAUAUGCUAUCAAAGUCCUGUUGAACCAUGCCUUCUUCCAAGAGGAGACAGGAGUGCGAGUGGAGCUGGCUGAGGAAGACGAUGGAGAAAUGAUCGCCAUCAAGCUCUGGCUGCGUAUCGAAGACGCCAAAAAGCUGAAAGGCAAAUAUAAAGACAACGAAGCUAUCGAGUUCUCUUUUGACCUCCAUAAAGAUGUGCCUGAAGAUGUGGCCCAAGAAAUGGUGGAGUCUGGAUACGUGUGCGAGGCUGACCACAAGACCAUGGCCAAGGCCAUCAAAGACCGCGUGUCGCUGAUCUGCCGUAAACGAGAACAGAGAAAGUUAGUGCGAGAGGAGCAGGAGAAGCGCAAACAGGAAGGCGAUCAACAACAACAACAACAACAACAGCUGAGCGAGUCUCAGAAGGCUUUGCAGUUCGGACCUCCAGGAACACCAGGAGCCACUCAGACUCCGUGCAGCCUCCAGCCACCCACUCCAGGUCCAGGACAGCUCGAACCAGAGGAGUGUGACAUGGACCAACACCAACAGCUGCAGUACCAACAAGGAGCCACCACGGUGGACAGCGGACAGGGUUCGUCCAUCUUCUCCGAGACGCCGCCGAGUCAGCUCGCCAUGUCGUACAGUUCUCCUGCAGCAUCUCAUCAGACCCCCCAGCAGCAGCAGCAGCAGCCUGUACAGCCCUCCUACCCCACUGCCUCCCAAUCUACCCAGCAGCACUCUGCAUUCCCCCCACAGCCCAUGCCGCAGUCUCUGGCUCAGCCGUAUGGAGGUGGAGGGGGCUCGGGUUUGUGUGAGCCUCUCUCCUUCCCCUCCAUCCCCGAGCGGCCCGUCUCCUUCUCGCCGCCGCCGUCCUGCCCACCCAAAGGCUUCAACGUUCAGCGCCGGAAGAGCACCUCCAUCUUAGAGGCCCAUACACGGCACUUUCAGCCAGCCUACCGCAGCUACGGGAGCAGCCUCCACCCGUUCUCUAGUAUCGAAGCUCAUGAGCCGUCACAUUUCCUGCCACAGAACGUAGCAGCUCAUAGACUGGCAGAGCACAUGCAGGCUUCUGCAGAGUCCUUACAGGAAUACAAGGACAUCCGGAUGGAGCAGGAGGAGGCAGUUCGUAGACUGAGUCUCAACCAGGCCGCCCUGCUGGACCACUUGGAGGCCAUGGCGUACAGUGGAUACCCAAUAACAGCACAUCAGCUCAACCAGCUCAACUUUCACCAGCAAAUUCAGGCUGCUGCGAGUCUGGCGUACGAGAGCCCUCAGCCUAGCCCAGGCUACCUACACUCACACAUCCCGAGCCUCAUGCGCCUGAGCCACAGUCCCAUCCCUCAGCCAGCCCCAGUUAGUGUAGCCCAAGAAUCCUCCUAUCAGCCUCAUCCACCAUUUCCUCAUUCUGCUCCACCAGUGUUGGCUCCUGAUCCCAGCACUGCCUUCGAGUUCCACAUGCACAACAUCCAAGCAGAGCAGGGAGCUCUGGCAGCGAGACUGUACCGAGCCCGGCGUGGCUCUAUGGAGCUGGGUCUGGAGGAGGCUUCGGGAAACGCGGGGCCGUGCAGUCGGCUGCAGCCGGUCACAGAGGAGCUGGGGAGCUACACCAGCCCGGAGAUGCCACUGCCUCCAGGAAGCCUGCUGUUGCUCCAAGCUCAAAAAGAGCGCAGCCCGGAUCCUUCCAGCGACUCUGUGACUUCAUCCGAUACCGGAGACUUUCACUCGCCACCUCUUCCGCAUGCAGGACGCCCGGGUCUGGAUGCCUCGCUCGCUCAGUCCAUCCCCCACAAGACGACACAACUUUACACGUCCGAAAGAGGGAGCGGAAUGUGCGAGGGCCAUCCUCCCACUCACCACUCUUAUCUCUUCAUCCCUCUGUCUGAACCAUCCAGCUCUCAUAUCAGCAAUCUACAGAGCUCCUGGACCCGACAAACCACCAUCCAGCCUGAGCUUCCUUACCACGAGCCUGCUCUGAGCCUUCAGGGUUCUGCUUUGCAGGCUCCGCCUCCGCAGUCCAGUACGGCUGUUCCUAUGGUCUCCAGCAGCCCUCAGCAAACACCAUGGUGCGACCCGGUUAAUCCACAGUAUGGAGGUUACUACAUCCCAGCAGUCCCUUCGCAGGUGGUUCCACAGCAGGUUCCUCUGAGCACUGGCUCUCAGCAGGCCACUAUCUCACUGCCCCAGCAGCAACAGCAGCAGCCUCCAGCACAGUCGUCCAGCUCAGGCCAACAGAGCGUAGUCACCCAAACACACAUCCAGCCUGGGUCUCCUGCUACACAGCAGUGUGUUAGUGAGACUAGUCCUCGAGUUGUGUCCCCGUCGCCGUGUAUGGAGCAUCUGAUCUUUCAAUACCAGGCAGCUCAUCUCGCUCUGGUGCAGCCUUCAUCGCCCCCUACGAUCCAGCCUGUCCAGACUCCAGAUCACUCACCCUUCAUCCAGCCGAUCAUCACACUUACUCCACUGCCCCUCUCCUAUGUCCCCCAGCCAUCCGUACCUGGCCUGGGCUUUAUGUCUCCUGUAUCAGUGCCCGCUCAGCCGCUCCCUCUAACAGUGGCCCAGGGACAGCAGCCGCUUCUUGUUGUGGCUUCAUCGGUUCCCUCCUCCCCAGCACCGGGAUCCAUAACGUCUGCGUCUAACUCACCACUGCUCACUGCGUCAUCACAGCCCCAAACGAUGACGGUUCUUCCUCCUCUGCCGCUUGCGACCACUGUGCCAACAAUCUGUGUGGCUACCGUCCCCACCCCUACCGAGCAGCCCGGGCUAACGUCAGACUCCGCGGCUCAGGCGUUCCUCACUGCUUCUCAGACUACAGAUAAGGCACAGCUUCAGGCUCCAACAGUUCCUUUCGGAGUGGAAAGCAACCAGUCCGAUGUGGCGUCCGGCAUGAGCGACGGAAACGAGGGCGCGAGCGGCGGCAGGCACGAGGGUCGUUCGGCCAAACGGCACCAGCGCAGAUCAGUACGCAGUCGCUCUCGCCAUGACAAGAUCACCAAAGCCAAACUUAACGUGCUCAACAUCUCUAACAUGGGUGACAGGGUUGCCGAGUGCCAGCUGGAAACGCACAACAGGAAAAUGGUGACUUUCAAGUUCGACCUGGACGGCGAUAAUCCUGAGGAAAUCGCUCAGAUCAUGGUUGAGAGCGAGUUUAUUCUGGAGAGUGAGCGAGAGUCGUUCGUCGAACAGGUGCGGGAGGUUAUCGAAACUGCAGAUGAACGGGGUCUUGAAAGGGAAGGCAGCCAGACUGUGAACAAUUCUGAGGCGCCGAUGUCUGUUCCGUACACGACUCUCCAGCCAGGUGCUGGUGUGAGUACCACUACGCAUGUGGUAACCUCGGCAGGCCGCAGGUUCAUCGUCAGUCCCGUUCCUGAGUCCAGACUCAAGGAACAAUUCUUCAGCGCGGUUCAACCCCCUGCUCCUAUAUUCGAGCAGCCUUCAGCACCGGGACUGCCUGCGAUGGGUCUGUCUCAGUCCGCUUCAACACUUUCUCUGCAGCAGGCGUUUGCUGAGAUUCGUCAGGGCCAGUACGACCCUGGGCCGAGCACAGCGCCCCCGACCCUCAACACCUCCCUUCCUCCGUUGUUACCUGCAGUUAGCGCUUUGCCACCCUCCUCUACUACCAUGCUGUCAUCCCCACCACAGUCCUCUGAGCUAGCUGGGCCUCCUCUGGCAGUCUCCUCUUUGUCCUCCUCACCCCCAUCCUCACUCACACCUGUAGUGGUCUCCUUACCUCCUCAGAUCCCCCUGCCUGUCAGUCACCCUGUUGUGACCGGUAUGGCGGCUCAGCCUUUCUCAGCUCCGCAUUCCUCAUCCUCUUCUGCACUUCUUCCCCAACCAGCAGUCCCAGUCCACACUACUAUCAGCACAGCAGUCCCAGGUAGUGUAGCUCCGCACUGCCAACACGCUUCCAUUGUAAACAAUGUGAACUCUCUUCCUGGUGGAAUCACAGAACAACCUAUUGUCAGUUCCAGCAUAGCCCAAAUCACCCCUCCUGUUGCCCCCAUCACAGCUAUUCAAACACCUCAGCCCACCCCUGGUGUCGUUGCGCCGAUCUCGGUCACCUCUUUGCCACAGAUGCCAGUCACCAGCAGUGCUCCUGUGGUGCAGCCCACCCCGGUUCACAGCCAACCGCAGCCUUCUACGCUGCCCAAUCAGGCCCAUUCUCACUGUGUCGAAUGUGAGAGCGACCUUCAAAGCAAAACCCCAGGCAUUGAUGACAUCCAUGCUCUAGAUAAGAAGCUGCGCUCACUCUUCAUGGACAUGAGUGCUGGUCCGCCUUCAGCAACAACUGACAGCGGUGUCACAGAGCCGUCUGCUCCUGGGACAUCCUCCCCUACCACUUCUACCACUACCCCUCUUCCUCCAACUAGCUUACCUCUGAGCUCUCCUAUGACCACCCCCGUCACAAGCGCCACCCCUGGCAGCAAAACGCCAUUGUCUCGAUUGCCGGUGUUGCCUGUCGGCUCCGAGCAGGCCGGCACGCCACCCACAGAACACCCGCCUCUCUUCCCCGGACCUUGUCUAACUCAGUCCCAGCAGCCACUGGAGGAUCUGGAUGCCCAGCUGAGACGAGCUCUGAGCCCUGAGACUGUGUCGGUUAGCAACUCCUCUCAAACCGGGGUGACUUCUGGAGGGCAGCCAGUUCCGUUUUCUCUUGAAGGGGACCCAAGGGCUGUUCCUGUACCCGGAGGUUUCACAUUGGGUCGAUUUCAGGUGGUAGAAGCUGAUGACUCUUCCCUGCUGCCUCCUACCUCCUCUAGUGACUCAACUUCCUCUACUACAUCUUCAUCCACCUCCUCCUCAUCCUCUAAUCUCUCCAGUCCUGAGAACACUCUGCACAGGUCCUGUCAUCCUUUGCGUGCGGUAGGAGGUGAUGCGGUGGACGGUUUGCCCCCUGUGCCACCCGGCCAGCCCACUACGAUCGGCCGCUUCCAGGUGACCACCAACAGCGAAACCACAGUAGGACGUUUCUCUGUGAGUCGAGCCGCUGUCGAGCCCGUAACUCCCACACAUGGUGAUGCAGAGUCUCAAGAACCACCACAACAGAGUUCUCAAGUUAUGGGCAACGGCCCUGCACUCAGUCCUGAGGGCAAGAGCCAGAUGAGCAUGAACAACUCCUUUAACUCCUACUUCAGCAGUGAUAAUGACUCAGAGUUUGAAGACGAGGACUUCAAGCAGGAAAUCAGCAAGCUACGUGAGAAGCACAUGAUGGAGAGUCAGGCUCUGUACGCUCGACAGAAAGAGGAAAUCGAUGCCCUUUUCGGCCGAGUUGGCAAAGUCCCACCCGCCAUCAUAAACCCUCCUGCAGGGAACAUGGCUGGCCGCAGGCGCCGACCCACCAAGAGCAAAAGCAGCAAGUCAAGCCGCACUAGUUCUCAGGGCAGUAAGAGCCCGGUUCAGCCUGGGAGCACCACUCUAUCUACACAGAGUGCUCCCUCAGUGUACCCGACCCAUCAGGCCUUCCCCGUCCCCAGUGAGUUAGGGGACACAGGGAGCAAUCCCCUGCUUCAGGCUUUCAAGCCCUCACCCUCCAGCGAGAACCUAUACUCCGCCUACACCAGUGAGGCCACACUGUCCGCCCCCAGCCUCUGUCUGCCCUCGCAUGGCUGUGUAAAGUUCAGCUGUGGGUCGGAGAGAUUGACCUUCAAACCAGGUGGCAGAAGGACCCGUUUUCUGAGUACGCCGUGCUUGGCUCUUUGGAAGAUGGUGAAAAAAGUCUGCCCCUGCAACCAACUCUGUAGGACGAACAGCACAAACACAGUGGGAGGCCCAGGACAGGUGCAGAACCAAACGCAGCCUCCUUCAACUGCGUCCCAGAGCCGCAAGGGCACCUUCACCGACGACCUGCACAAGCUGGUGGACAACUGGGCCAGAGACGCCAUGAACCUGUCACAGGGCAAAAGGGGCUCGAAACCCCAGCAUCAGACCCCGUCUCAGGGCCACAGCUAUGAGAUGAUUCCUUCUGGAAGUAUGGCCCGGAAGUUCUCCGCUCCGAGUCAGUUGUGUCCCAACAUGACUUCAUCCAUGUCCAACCCUCCUGCUACCUCUUUAGGGUCACGUAAAGGCUCGUUGUGCCCCGUGCCUCAGUACGGCUACCCCUCUGCACCUUAUAACGGCCCGUGGGCCGGCGUCUCGGCUGCACACACUCAGGCCCUGGGCCAAUUUCCCUCAGCCCCGGGCACCCUGCAGGCUUUCCACAUCAACACCAUGCAGAAAUCAGUCAGCAACCCAGGAGGACCUAAUUUAAGGACCACAUAAGGUUGGGUCUAGCCUGUGCUAGGCCACAAUAGAGAGAUAGAGAAGGGCUGAGACACGUGAACUGGUGGUGAGGUUGCCGUGAACAUAGGCACGUGUGUUACACCUUCAGAAAAUGGGGCAGAGAUAAGCCAGGGUUUGUACACACACACACACACACACACACACACACACACACAAACACACGGACGAAUUUUGUGGACGAAUCACUCCUGCACUCUGGUUUACAUGCCUUGAGGUGAAUGCACACUGACACAAAGGAGAGAUAAAAAUAAUAAAAAAAAUGGGAGCAAUGUUAAAGCAGCCAAAGAGGAUGGUGACCUUUUUUUUUUUUUUUUUUUCUUUUUUUUCUUUUUCUUUUUUUCCCCUUGUUUGAAUAUCUGAUGAACGUGUACAGAGAUGUUGCUCCAGGGUAGCCUGGGACUAGCUUGCUAAGCUUUCCCUGACUGUUUCACUUUAUUUGACACCCUUUUAGUCAGUCGAGGUCCCUGGAUCCAGCGAGGAAGGUGAUGGAAGGAUGUACCCCAUCUCCGUUACAAACUUUCCACCGUCCUGGUAUCAGCUCGAAUUCUCUGUAAUGCAAUAAUUAUAGAAAUCAAAAGCCCAUUUUAAAAACACAGGAAGUGGCCUUUAGUAGAGAAAACGAGUAUUUGUGUACAGCUUCUCUCUCUAUAUAUAUAUAAAUAAAUUGGGGUAUCGUUUUAAAGUUGUGUGGAUUUUCACAUGGUCAGAGGCCAUUCAGCCACCCCUGAGAGUUUGGACUACAAAGCUACUAUAGCUUAUAAACUCCCUGCUUGCUUUGUAGUACACUGUCACGCUUACUAUCCACCUCCACCUCUCUUCUCAGGAGAUUUAAAAUUGUCCCUAAAAGCGAUUUCACUAAGAAUAAAGAUUUAACAACGUAUACACACGUCCCCUUUUUGUCAGGUCAUUGUGCCACCCCAUAUAACGGGCAGAUUCAUUCAGUUUUAACUCUCUUUAAAGCCAAAAAAGUAGUCCUGUAUUAUUCAUUUAGUUUCACAAAGCGUGGCCCAAGAGGUUGGAGGUGAGGUGGAGGGAGGUUUAUUUCCCCCGAGUGAUGAAAUGGGGUGUCUGUCUGGCUUGUUCACACAUACUGCAGACUGGUGAAGCUUUAACUCUUAUGAUCUGUUAGCGUCGUAUCAGCUUUUAUAAUCCUGAGCUCAUUAGGGACCUCUUUAUGACAGGUUGCUUUUUUGAACUGUACGUUUAAAUGAGAAAAGUUGUGUUCUGUCCGGACCUGUAUUUAUCCAUCAGUUAUUGAUGUUGAAACACUGUGAUUUAUUAUAAAUGUUGUUGGACAACAUAAGUUUAAAGCAAUGGUAGAAAAAAAGGGUGGUGAAGAGGAGGAUUAAUUGCUAUUAGCUGAAAGAACUUAUUGGAGACACUUUAACCCUUUCCUCCGCCCUUUGUACUUCUUUCUUUGUAUUAGAUAAAUGUGAAUGUAAAACAGUUUCAAUUAACGUACUUGAAUAACCCGUCUGUUUUUCCCUCCUCCCCAGUGCCCGGUAAGCGUACUGGAGUUUCUCGUGCCUUGCAUUCUUUCUUUUUUCCUUUCUUUUUUUUUCUUUCUUUUGGUCAAUUUUGUGUUUCGUUUUUGUUUUGCUUAGAAAUUAGAAUUUUUUGGCAGCAGAGGUGUGUAGGUGCCUAGUCAGGUGCUCGUGUGAUAAUUAUGGUGAUUAACAGGCUACAGGGAAGAGAUUCAGGGUUUGGUGCCAUCUUUUAUGUUGAUCUGGUGACGAAUCGUGUCAGUGAUGAGCCAUUGGCCUGGGCACUAGAUAGACUGCUGGACAUCCUGUGGACAUCCUAUUUCCUGCCCUUGAGCCUGCUUGUUAAUGUUCUCAGAUCGGUUGAACCCCUACAGUACAAUGACCUUUGUGUCGCAUGUAAACCUGCAACAAUAAUUGUAAGUUUUGUAAGUUAAACAGUUCUCUUUGGGACAGCAGACAGGCAGCUGGCAUCCAGAAGUAACCCUGUGUUUCCACUGGCAGCGAUACUGCAUUAAUAUUCAGCCAGAGUCGGUCGUUUAGAGCAUCGGCAAGAAUUUGAUUCGGUUAAAUGCGAAUGAGACUCGAUGACAAGUAAAACUGUUAAACCUCAGUGUGUGCUUGGUUUCAGAUAUCCACACUGUUUAUUAGAUUAAUUCCUCCAUGCCGCUGAGGUUUUUAUGAUCUAGCAAAGAUUUUGUGAUAUUUCUAGCUCAAGGUUUUUGUGUUCUAGCCUACGUUCUGCAUCUAGCUGUAUAGUUUAUCCAGGCGCUAUUAAGGAAACCAUGACGAGUCUUGUGUCGGCUGUGGAUCCGGAGAGGGUCCAGAUGAGGAAAGUAAGUUAAGAGAAGCCAGAACAUUGAGAGGAUUUUAAGCAUGAGUAAUUAAGGAUACCGGUCCCACUGGUUAGAACUGCUUUCAGUUUUGUGCUUCUGCCUGAAUCCGUGUUAAACCAGUGAGACUCGUAUCGUUGUAGACGAAACAGGGAAAAGAAGAGAAGAAGGUUUGUUUCAGAUGUAGGACCAGGAAAGAAAAUGUUGUAGAUGGCACCUCACCAAAACACAAGACUGUGCUGUAGCGUCUGAACAGGCACCGCUUUCCUAAUUACUGCCCCUAAUCUCGCAGUUCUCGGUUCAUAGUAGAAAUAACUGCCUCGUGCGUUUUUUUUUUUAUGCAGAUCAGUAGCUUGUUUAAAAAAAAAAAAAAUGAAGUCUUUUAGUAGCAAUCAAUUGAUGGCACUCACAACGUUGAUAAAAACAAACAAAAAAAAAACAGUAGAACCUGUUCGUGUAGGUUAGACCUCCAGCGUAGAGCCGUGUACCUGUGAAAUUCACACAGAGCAGAAAACGGCAGCUUUAGAAACCCAUAGAGCGGCAUGAGCAUGUUACAACUACAGGCACAGAGCAGUGAACCGUGUCAUCAUAGCUACCGAUCAUCGAUAGAAACUGCUAGAUUACACGCCAUCGCCUUAAAGCUUAGCUGUCCGCGUCUGGUCUAGAAAACGUCACGUUAAUACGGUCCAUUUAUAGAAAGCUACAAAAUAGACGAGCACCGUUUACUCUCUGCGAGUGGCUGUAUUGUACUUUCAGUAUUUCGAAUCAAAAUGUUUUAACAGCUUGGAUUUGUUUUUGUUUUGUUUCUUUCCUACUUACUUUGUACUUUAUCUGUAACUCUAGAGCACAGCAGUUAAGUUUGGUUUUUCAAGCUGCAAGAAAAUAGAAUUUUUCCAGAUUUUCCGUUAAUUCCGCGUUCGGAUGAAACCCACAAACAUUACGAGUGCCAUUCCUACAUUUCUCAUGAGUUUGCUCUGAUUUUGAUUCCAUAAACUGAGCACCUUGUUUACUGUUAGAAAAGUGAUAUUUAGUAGCUGCAGUGCAGAAUAUGCAAUAUAUCUAAUAAUGGGAUACACUGGGUAGAGACCAUGUCCCUGGUUUACUCCAGUAGUACGGAGAAUUUACAAAAAAAAAAAAAAAAAAAAAAAAAUCACAAGUGUUAUUACUCUAAUAUCACUUUUUACUUUUGGAUCGUAGACACUGCUACUCUUUUUAAAAAUCAUUUCUGUUUACAUCAUCACCUGCUUAGCAACGUGCCAACAUUCAGAUAAUAAUAAUAAUAAUAAUAAUAAUAAUAAUAAACAUGCUCGUCUUUCUCCGAAAAAGAACUCGCAUGCUACUUUGGUCACUAGUGAUAUUUAUCACAACGUCACAACAGUCAUUUGGGAACGAGGUUUUUUUUUGUUUGUUUGUUUUUUUGUUUUUUUUUUUCAUUUUCCGUUUUUUUUUUUGUCUCCUGUGGAAAGAAAUGCAUCCAAACAGUGUGUUUACUUAAUGCUACUGACCUGUCAUUAAGUUAUUUUGUUUUGUACUACUAUCUCGAGUUCUUGUUUUACAAUGUCGUGUGUCUGCCAUGUAGUGACUUCGGUUCAGUGAUUUUUUUUUUUUUCUUUCUUUCUUUUUUUUUCCAUACACUAUUUAACAUUGUGCAAAAUGUUUAAAAAAAUAAAUAAAUAAAAAAAAGACGAAUAAAAAGAAAACCAAACAAAAA